UUGACUGUGUCGCUUCUUCUUUACAGGAUGAUUCCAAACCUCCCUACUCCUAUGCACAGCUGAUUGUCCAGGCCAUAACUCUGGCUCCUGAAAAACAGCUCACUCUUAAUGGCAUCUACAAUCACAUAACAAAGAAUUACCCUUACUACAGGACCGCAGACAAGGGUUGGCAGAACUCGAUCCGUCACAAUCUUUCUCUAAAUCGCUAUUUCAUCAAAGUGGCACGGUCACAGGAGGAGCCGGGCAAAGGCUCUUUCUGGAGGAUAGACCCGUCGUCAGAGGGCAAACUCAUCGAGCAGGCCUUUAGGAAACGAAGACCACGAGGCGUGCCCUGCUUUAGGACCCCACAUGGACCACUUUCGUCCAGGUCUGUCCCUUUGUCACACCAUGUUUGUACCUGAAAGAUAUCAUGAGAA